GAAAAGGGAGGAAAAGAGUGUUACUAUAAGAUUUUCCAGAUUUUCUAUAGAAAUUUCCUUUCCCCUUAGUUUCCUCUGUCAAAGGAAACGAGAGACUAGUCUACCGAAAAAAAAAUAAAGGAAACGAGAGACAGUUUAUAUUUCUAUUUAAGGGAUGAAAUGAUGGAAGUCGUUCCAUCCCAAGACAACAUUUUAUCAUCAUUCAGCCUUGCUCCCGAGACAAUAUGACGAGAGAUGUUUGGGUCUUCCUCUUCCUCAGCCUCCUCUCAUUCUUAAUCUCGCGCCAUUCGAUAAUAAUAGCUGUUGCUGUUGCUGUUCCCACCAGCAUUACAUCAUCCCCUUAUUCUUCCCAACGCCCGAGCCCUGCCAGUGAGUGCGAUGCCCUGCUCCAGUUCAGUCAAUCAUUUACCAUCUCAAGGGAUGCCUCUGCAUAUUACUGUGACGAUCGCCUUUUGGCCAACACUUCAUAUCCGAAGACAGCCUCAUGGAAGAACGGCACCAAUUGCUGCUCAUGGGAUGGAGUCACAUGCCACAUGUCAAAAGAUUACGUGAUCGGCCUCGACCUCAGUUGCAGUUGGCUUCAGGGAGCCCUCCAUUCCAACAACACUCUCUUCUCGCUCCAGAAUCUUCAGCGGCUGAAUCUCGCUGGUAACAAUUUCACUGGCUCACCAAUUUCAUCGAGGUUUGGUAUACUUACAGGAUUGGCACAUCUCAAUCUCUCUGGUUCUUCCUUCUCGGGGAUCAUUCCUCUGGAGAUGAUAUCUCAUUACCUUUCCAGCCUAAUUACACUCGAUCUUUCUUACAGCCAAUAUUUGACAAUAGAAGAGGAUCGUAGUUUCAGAAGGUUUAUUAGUAAUCUCACUCAGCUGAGAGAACUUGCUCUUGAUGAUAUAGACAUGUCUAGAAUUUCUCCUAAUUCCCUCACGAACCUCUCUUCCACUCUAACAUCUUUGAGACUUGAUGGGUGUCGUCUGCAAGGGACAUUCCCAAUUAACAUCUUUCAUCUCCCAAACCUCCGCAUUCUCUCUCUUUCUUAUAAUUCUAAUCUCACGGGUGCUCUCCCCCAAACAAAUUGGAGUAGUAGUCCACUCGUCCGCUUGAGUCUAUUUUAUACGAAGUUCCACGGACCAAUUCCUGAUUCAGUGGGGAAUCUCACAUCCUUGGAAUAUUUGGACCUCGCAGGGAGCGAAUUUUCUGGAUCGGUACCACCUACACUUGGAAACCUUGACCGCCUCUCUUCCUUGUACCUCAGUGGUAUCAACCUCAGUGGUACCGUUGACUUUGAUAUGUUUGCAAGGCUAAAGAAUCUUGAGGAACUUUAUCUUGCGAGGAACCUUAACGUAAUGCUUCCAAACGAUGGGAACUGUUCCUUCCCGAGGCUCAAAGAUUUGUCACUGUAUGGCGUCAACUUGACCGAGUUCCCAUAUUUUUUGAGUUCUUCAAGAGAGCUAGAAUCGCUGGACCUUUCUGGAAACAAGAUCAGUGGUCCAAUUCCCGAAUGGUUUGGGAGAGUGUGGAGCAACACGCUGACAAACUUGGAUCUCUAUUCUAAUAAUUUCACCGGAGAGAUCCCAUCUUCAAUCUGCCAAUUGAGUUCACUAAGAGGUCUAUUCCUCUUCGAUAACCGACUCAACGGCACCAUCCCGAGAUGCUUGGGAAAUUUAAGCAAUCUCUCCGGUUUGUCUCUCUAUUCUAAUAAUUUCACCGGAGAGAUCCCAUCCUCAAUCUGCCAACUGAGUUCACUAAGUGGUCUAUCAUUCUCAGAUAACCGACUCAACGGCACCAUCCCGAGAUGCUUGGGAAAUUUAAGCAAUCUCUUUGAUUUGGAUUUGAGCUACAAUCAAUUACAAGGUCCACUGCCGCGAUCUUUAGCAAACUGUACAAUCUUAUGGUAUUUAUCUGUCAGGUACAAUGAAAUAUAUGACACUUUCCCACACUGGUUGUUAAAUGCGACACAGGCAUUGAAGAGUCUAUAUUUGGAGUCAAACAUGUUUCAUGGGGUCAUUAAUGAAAUUCCCCUCCCUCCGCAGCUUGAAUACUUAUCCCUCUCCAGCAACCAAUUUUCUGGACAGUUGCCGAUAGUCUUCUUUCGAAAUUCAAAUGUUGAGUUUGUUGACUUAGCCAAUAACAAUUUUGACGGCCCACUUCCGAUUCCACCGCCCACUGUUUGGUUCUAUUCCGUUGCAAACAAUAAGUUUAGUCGAGACAUUCCUCAUCAACUUUGCAACGCCACUCAGCUAGACAUCGUCAAUCUCUCUAAUAAUAGCUUAACCGGUUCCAUUCCUCACUGUUUCAUAAAUUUAAGAGCAUCAGUGUUGGACCUCCGAGCAAAUAAGCUUGUUGGUCAUAUACCAGAUAUAUUUUUCUCGGGGAAUGACUUGAGGACGAUUCGGUUGAGUCAAAAUCGACUUGAAGGUACUCUGCCGCGAUCUUUGGUGAAUUGCAAGAAUUUGGAAGUUUUGGAUCUCAGUGAAAAUGAGUUGGAGGGUCGCUUCCCUUAUUGGUUGGACACUCUUCCAAAUUUGCAAGUGCUCGACCUAAGAUCGAACAAACUCCAUGGUCUGAUUAAUAGCUCCGGGAAGAAUAAUCAUCCCUUCCCGAAGUUGCAUAUUUUUGACCUCUCUGACAACAGCUUUUAUGGUCAUCUUCCGGCUAAGUACAUUGCCAACUUCAUAGCCAUGAAAGAUAAAGCAAGAAGCGCUUCACAAUACAUGUGGGUAAAUCAUACUCAGGCAACCUAUCAAGACUCCAUUACGGUGGUCAUGAAAGGAUUUGCCAUUGAGUUGGUGAGAAUUCUGUCAGUGUUUACAACUAUCGACUUGUCAAGGAACUUCUUCGAAGGAGAUAUCCCAGAAUUAAUAGGAGAUUUGAAGCUACUCAAGGGACUCAACAUUUCUCACAACAAUUUGACUGGCAGAAUCCCUUUUUCUGUGGGCAACCUGACGAAUCUUGAGUGGCUGGACCUCUCCUCGAACAAGCUCAACGGGGAGAUCCCUAGAGGAUUGGCGGAUCUUACAAUGCUCUCCUGGUUGAAUCUCUCAGAUAAUCACCUCGAGGGGCUGAUUCCUCAAGGCAGGCAAUUCGACACAUUCAACCACCCCUUUGACUGGAAUCCUAGAUUGUGUGGGUAUCCCUUGCCAAAAGCUUGUGGGAUCGUUGAGCAACAGUUACCGCCUUCGACUUCCCCAAAAGAUGGAGAAGAAAAGGCGCAAUUCGAGCACUGGAUUGAAUGGUGGGUAGUGGCAAUGGGCUAUGGAUGCGGAAUUUCAUUUGGGAUAUCAUCAGGGUACAUUAUGCUGGAAGCCAGGAGGCCGAAAUGGCUGGUGAGAAAGGUUGAGCGAUGGCUAGUGAGAAUGGUCGAGAGGAAGAGACGUAAAAAGACAACUAGGUCGAAGAAAAAUGCGGCUCGGAGAAAUCAUGCGAGGAGGAGUACCGGAGGCUAAUAAGAUGAAGAACAGCAAAAAACAAUGCAUGUGGAGGCUUCUAUCAACCAAGGGUUAUGGCAAUUUAUCAAUGAUCAAGAAGAAAGCUCACCUUCUUCAAUCCAUAAGCGUCUUCAUUUUUUCCUUUUCUGGUUUCAAUUGGAAUGACUGUAAUCGUGUAUUUUAUUUCUCCAUAAUAAAAUGAAGCAUCUAAAUAAGAUCAAUACAACUUGAAGCGUCUGUUUGGAGUAGAGUGGUACUUAUCAUAAAUUGAGGAACCAAAUCUACAAGCCACGCCAAG